AAAAAAAAAAAAAAAAAAAAAAAACAGAUUGCGUAGGGCCAGCGGCCCAGUGCUCGCGGCGCCUGCAGGCCCCGGGCCUGGGGCCAUGGCUGAACCACGCCUACAAACUAGCACCCCGUCCGUCCAUCUUUCCGCCACCCCCCUGUCUUUGCGCCCACAAACCCAAACUUUCUUUCUGCGCCCGACCCCGCCAGCCCGCAGACCGCAAAACACGUGCUUUCCGAGCCCCGCCUGCCCGAGCGCCCCACGACCCCAGGCCCGCCCAGAAACCCGCCUGCCGCCCGCUGUCCUCCAUCGCCAUGUCGCUUGCGCCGCCAUCCGACAUCACAACAGGCGUGUCCAACGGAGACGUGGACUGGCUCUUCCGCAGCAAGUCGAAGAAACUCGAAAAGAAACUCAAUCUCGAACGGCGGCCCUCGGUUUCGCUCGCGCCGGACCGCCCCGACCUGGCUGGACCGGCCCCUACCUCCAGCGGCAGGGACACACGGCCGGGCGGAGACAAGGAGAACAGCCCCAGCGCGGAAGCCGCGUCGGAUGCUCGUGCCUCGCACGGCCCCGAGAACAAGCCCGCAGAGCCCGCCGCGUCGGCCGCCAGAAACGACGCCAGGCCCCCCAGAAACGACGCCAGGCCCGCCAGAAACGGCCCCCAAACGGCCCCGGACUCGCCGCCCAGCCCGCGGAACACGCACACGGGCCUCCCCGGCCCUAGCCCGGUCGGGCUGCCGCCCGCCACGCGGCGCUCCCGCUCGUCGUCCGCCCCGCAGCCGCCCAAGCAGCCUGCCGCGGUUGCCGGCGCCCUGCCAGCCGCCAGCAGAAGGACCAGCGUGGCCGUGGCGCAGCCGCCCGCCACCGUGGCCCCCAUACAGCCCCCGGCGCCGGUGUCGCGGGCCAAUUCGGGCAAGGGACGCUCGUUCUUCAGCUCGCUCUCGGCCAAGUUCAAACACUCGGCGUUCUCGGCGCCGCCUUCGGCCCCCGCGGCACCGCCCGCACCCAGCGCCCUGCGCGCCUCAUCGCCAACUGCCACGGCGGUGCUGCCGGCGAUGCACGUGCCGAAAUCCGCGCCGUCGGGCGGCCCGUCCCCGCGGGACCAGGACCUCGCGGCCUCGGUCAACAAGCCGCCGCUGGAAUUGGCCCAGGGCGUGCCCCCAAACAGGCUGGUGCACCGCGCGUCGCUCACGUCGCUCGCGGCGCUCUCGCCGCGGCCGUCCUCGGAGAAAGAGCGCGGCUUCUUCAGAAGACGGUCGCUGAUGGCCGACGCCCCCCCGGCCGUGGCCCCCACAGACGCCUGGAAGACCGCCGGCCCGGCCCACCUUGCACAGAAACCCCGCAAGCCCGAGCUUUGUUUGCGCAGGGUCUCGUUUGCCUUGGACAAGCUAGACAAGGACCCGCAGCAGCAGAUCCCCUCACGCAGGCCGCGCAAGGGAGCCGUGUUGGUUCCCGAGGACUUGAAGGCCCCGCCGCCGCGGCUCGCCUUGGGGAUCUCCACGGCCGACGGCAGCCGCAGCAGCGCGGCGGCGGAGCCCAGCUACACCGACGAGGAGUUUCAGCGGGCGCUAGAGGCGCAGCACAAGGCUCUGUUGGAAGCCGCAAAGCAUGCCGUGGAGGCACAUUUGUCGGCAAAGAAGCUCGCGUGCCAGAUUGCGGGGUACAAGGCGUCAAGCAAGUCCGCCCUGGCGGCCUACGCGGAGGAGGACGACAUCUCACAGGGCGCGGAGAACAUCGCGAUCGACAACCCGUUGCACGUGCACCUCAACCACUUCGAGAACGUGACGCCGCUCGUGUCCGACGACGAGGACGACGACCUCACGCCCGAAACCAUAUACACGCGGUGCUGUCACUUGCGCGAGAUCCUCCCCAUCCCGGCCACGUUGAAGCAGCUCAAGCACAAGCCGCGGCCGUUGCAGAUCCUUAAGAUGCUCAACCCCAGACCCACGUUGAUCGAUGUGCUUUCGUUCAGCGACUUCAUCACCAUCAUGCCCAUCAACACUGUCAUCUUCGACAACGUCACCAUGACCACCGAGAUGUUGAAGCACGUGCUUGCCGGCUUGGUGCACAGCAAGCACUUGGAAAAGCUCUCGUUGCGAAACGUGGCUAUUGACAAAGCAGGGUGGGGCUACUUGUGUGAGUUCAUGUCCCGCAACCACAACGUGAAAAAGCUAGAUAUCUCGCAGCAGAGAGUCAAGCACUUGACCAAGCCCUCGUCCGUCAGAUCCGCCAUGAACUGGAACUUGUUCAUCGACGCGCUCAAGUCUCGAAACGGCAUCGAGGAAUUGGUCAUGGGCGGCUGCAAGUUGAGCGACGACGUCUUCGAGAAUCUCUUGGAGCAUGCUUUAACAGUGUCGACAUGCAGACUAGGCGUUGCGGCAACGGAAAUCAACGUGCGGAAAUGCGAGCUUUUGGCCGACUGGAUUGGUAGACCCAACUCCAAAUGCGUGGGGAUCGACAUUGCUUCGAAUGACUUGAGCCAGGGACAACUCAAGCCAUUCAUUGACGCGUUUAAUACCAAAACGGUCAACUUGGUUUUCUUCUCAUUGAACGCCACCUCUUUGUCUGACAUAGACGAGGUUGGCGAUCUCUUGAAAGGAUUGUCGAGACUCGAGAACCUUCGCUUUUUCGACUUCAGCUCGCUACCCCAGCUCUUUCCUCAUGUUAUUUCCAAAUUGGGCAGAUAUCUUCCCAACUUCAAGAGUCUAAGACGAAUGCAUUUCGACUUGAAUGAGCUCUCCUCGCAGUCCAUUGCCGCACUUGCCGACGUGUUUCCCAAAGUGCCAAACCUUGUCCAUGUAUCCUUGUUGGGAAACACUAACCUAGACCGAGGCUCUAUCGGCGCCUUAUACACAGCGGUGAAGUUGUCUUCAAUAUUUACCCUAGACUUGGACUACGACCUUAUCCCUGACGAACUUUCACAGCGCCUUGCCCUUUACCUCAUGAGAAACUUUGACAAGGCAGUCAAGCCAAAUAUCAGUGACUAUGCUGGGAACAAUGAGCAGGACGACGUGAUGUUCGAUGGAUCUCUUUUAAUGGAAACGGCCGAGAAAAUGUUGACAGAAAGUGAUCAGAAUCCAGGAGAGGUCGACUUGAAGUUGCAAAAAAUAAUCACAAAUGCGCUUAUUGAAAGAACCAACUCGGUCAGGAAAGAUAUGCAUCGCGUGAUCGACUCGCUCUUUGAGCAAAGAAACAAUGGAAAUUUGUCUUUCGAGGGAAAGGAAAACCUCCUUCGAUUCUGUCUCCUCGAUGCGUCGCUCGAGAAACUCGUUCACAUGUUCGAACAAAAAGCGAAGAUGUUCAGCUCGACCCCCUUGAGCCCUUCUACUUCCAUUCAAGACACGGAAAACUCGCUUAAAGUGGAUCGUGAAAAGCUUCAUGCCGGCUCCUCGGCGUUGAUUGCAGCUGGUCCGAUUUUGAUGGCUAGAACCUCUCGCCCAAAUGGAUCAAGUGGCUUUCAAGGAAACGAAUCGACAUUGCAACCACAUCUGGUGGUCAUUGACGCGAAUUCAGACGGGCGGGACGUUAUUAUAGACAAUCUAACGGGAAGACCGAUCCUCAUGAAGUCGGUCUCUCAAUCAUCGCUCUACGCUAAGGAACAGGAGGAGGAGGAAGGUGAAUUUCUCCGUUGGGGCUACUUCAUGGAGCACCUAGACAACAAGGAGAAGGUUUCCGAUAUGUUGAAUGGAGACGAAUGUCGACAAGAGCUUUCCGUUUUCGGGACCGUUCCGUCCGGGUCGGAGCUUCGCGAGGCCAUCAUCGACGCGAAGGGCGUCGAGUCUGUGACUGACCUCAUCUCCAAAAUCAAUACUCAGAGAGUGAGUCUUGAGAACAUCUACAGAAACAAGGAAAUAGACGAAGUCACUGGCAGUGACGGUGAGGUUGGGAGCCCGUUGACGAUGAGCAGCAAGAGCGAGGCUUUCCAAGAUGCAACAGAACAUUUGAGCGGCGAAGACAACGUCUCCAUCGACUCUGGCGAGGGCCUUGGUGUGCACCCGGUUGUUGAUGAGGCUUAUGACAAGCUUCUCAACGAAGCCCAGCGCGUGAUGUCGAACAAGUGAGAGUUGCUUGCGCUUGUACAUACAUUAAUGAAUAAUGAGAAACCGUGGUUGGUGACACAGUUGGCGAGUGCCACCGAUAGUGAGUGAGGGUAGGCGGGGCGGGUGGAAACAGCGGUUGACGGCAAAAGGGCACGGGUAAGGGAAACUACAUGUGGGCAGGCGAGAAAAGAAAAUUAAGAUUAAAGUUUGACAAGUUACACAAGUUCAAGCAGAAACUUAGUUCUCGGCCUUGAAAGCAGCGAUCUUGGCGUUGAUCUUGGCCUGUCUCUCCUCUCUGGAGAUCUUGGUGGCCUUGUACUUCUUGGACUCAGCAGCGUACUCCUCCUUGGUGUGCUUCUUUUGGGUUGGCUUGAAGGAUGGGUCCUCUCUGAUCUUCUCGUGGGCGUUGGCGUAAAUCUCCUCAACGUCCUCUGGGUCGACCUCGUCCUUAAUGUACGACUUGAAAACUUGCUUGUA